UAUAGAGGCCAACGCCCCUAGCUUGCCCACUAGCUCAUGCCUAAAUCCCAGGUGGUCCCGGAGAUUCAAUACACUAGUCCCUACGCGUUGCAUUCGACCUACUGAAUCAACUGUCUGUUUUAUGAUGAGCAUGGAUUUAUUGACUCACCGAGCCUCGUCCCAUCCGUGCCACCCAGACCCCUGUUAUCGAUAAGCACGACCAUAAAAAAAGUUCAAAAACUCCCCUCUCCUCCACCAGCAGCCCAAGAAUUGUUUCCGCCGACCUUCAUUCUUCUUAUCUUAACGCCCCCUGCCUUGCCACAAUAAAUUCGCGCCCAUGGCACCAGAACUAGAAACAUCGGCCUCAGCUUCCUGCAAAGUCGUGCUUGCGGCGAACGUUGCGCGGGGCCUUUUGGCGGAGGUCAAUGAGGGGCGCCAGACUCUGAGUACGGCGCCGCACCUUGUGGGGUUUUUGGCCAAUUCAGACCCGGCUGCGAAGAUGUAUGCGGAUUGGACCGAGAAAACUUGUAAAGACAACAACUUCCGCUACACCCUCCGCGCCGUCUCGCGCGAUGAUAUCGAAGAUGCCAUCCUCGCUGCCAACUCAGACCCAGACGUCGACGGCAUAAUUGUUUACUAUCCCAUUUUCAACAACAGACAAGACCAGUAUCUCCAGCAAAUCGUCGAUAUCUCCAAGGACGUCGAGGGCCUCAGCCACCGCUACAUCUUCAACAUGUACCAAAACAUCCGCUUCCUCGACCCCCCGGAGAACAAGCAGAAAUCCAUCUUGCCCUGCACGCCGCUCGCCGUCAUCAAGAUCCUCGAGUACCUACAAAUCUACAACACUAUCCUUCCCUACGGGAACAGGCUGUUUGGACAUACAAUAUGUGUGGUCAAUCGGUCUGAGGUUGUAGGAAGGCCGCUGGCGGCGUUGCUGGCUAAUGACGGCGCAUGUGUGUAUAGUGUGGAUGUCACGGGUGUGCAACAGUUUACGCGUGGGGAGGGAAUUCGGAAGAGACAUCAUGAGGUUAUGGAUAUGGAGGGGUGGGGGUUGGAAGAUGCAGUGCCGCAUUGUGAUGUGGUCAUUAGUGGAGUACCAGGGGAUAAGUUUAAGUUUAAUACGAAGUUGUUGAGACAAGGGGCUGUGUGUAUUAAUUUCUCGAGUGAGAAGAAUUUCGGACCGGAGGUGAAAGAGAAAGCAUCCAUAUAUGUCCCGGCCAUUGGCAAGGUUACAAUCGUUGUGUUGCUAAGAAACUUACUGAGGAUUGUCCAGAACCGCAGCCGUAAUCGGGUCCAACCUGCAGAUGCAGUUGAGAAGCCUGGCACUCUGGAGAGUGUCGUCACUCAGGCAGAGUAA